CUUUCAGGAAGUCAUACUUCCAGAAAUAAAUCCAGAAAGCUGCACAAUCGCACCUCAAGUGAAAACAACAGCCCUAUGGCCAGAGCUCUGUGUGCUACGCAGCUUCAGAGCUCGGAAGAAAAAAGCUGUCGGGUCCGUACCGCAUUCACCCUGGAGCAACUGCAGGUUCUGGAGCAAAGCUUUCAGAAGUGCCACUACCUGUCGGUGCUGGAGCGACACACCAUCGCCUCAGCCAUGCGCUUGUCCGAGACUCAGGUAAAGAUCUGGUUUCAAAACAGGCGCACAAAGUGGAAGAAAGAGCGUCUGCAGGCGAAGGAGGGCGAAGAUGAAAAAUACAGUCUGUCCUUCCAUCCUGCGCUCUGCUCUUCUCUGUACUACAGUUCUCUUUUCCGCCAGCAGCACCCUCCGCUCCAGCUGUUUGCAUCGCUGCCCCUGGUGCACAUCUGUCAUUAUUACACAUAAGGCGUAAAAUACGCACGGAGUGACUGAAUAUUGGACCAGAAUGUCGCCCACCGGCAUCUUCAGAAAAAAAUUACAUUGCAAAAAUAUUGCAGUGUUAUCAAAUUGUUGUAAAAGUUAUACAAAUGAAAUGUAUUUAGAAAUGAAAAUGGGUUAAAUGUUUAAAGUUCUCUAAUGUAAUUAUAAUUUAUUCCG